AUGGCCGACGAUCAAGGAAAUCCAGAGCACCUGGCCUUUGAAUACGAUCGAGAGCCAGGACGAGAUCACGAGCAGCCAAGACCGAACCUGCCACCCGAGCGAACAAUGCGAGAAUACCGAACUCCAGCUUUGAAUGAGAACUAUUCGGGAAUCAGGAAACCGACGAUAGCCGCAAACAACUUCGAGCUAAAGACGGGGCUAAUCAACAUGGUCAUGGCGAACCAAUUCUCCGGAGCAGCCACUGCAGAUCCAAAUCUCCAUCUUGCCAAUUUCUUGGAGAUUUGUGACACAAUCAAAGUUAACGGUGUUUCUGAUGAUGCCAUCCGGUUGAAGCUAUUCUCAUUUUCUGUCAGAGAUAAAGCGAAGAGUUGGCUUCUGAGUCUUAAUCCAGGAUCACUCACCUGUUGGGAAGAAUUAUCACAAGCCUUUCUGGCACGAUUCUUUCCACCCUCGAAGACCGCACAAUUACGAAGAGAUGUAGGCAACUUCAGACAAAUGAGCCAAGAGCCGAUGCACGAGUCUUGGGAGAGAUUCAAGAACUUAUUACGACAAUGCCCUCAACACGGAUUCAACCCGUGGGAUCAAAUGGAGUUAUUCUACAAUGGGCUCGAUCAACCAGCCCGAUCUUUAGUCGAUGCUGCCUCAGGUGGAUCAUUGCAAAACAAGACUCCCACAGACGCUCGAGACAUUGUCGAGCGAAUGUGUGAGAAUGCUUACCAUUGGCCGUCCGAACGGAGUAGUAUACAAAAGGUGGCCGGAGUCCACCAACUCGAUCCUUUAGCCGCAGUUUCAGCACAAUUAGCGACCCUAUCAAAUCAGGUCGCCCAAAUUUCAGUUCGAGGGCCACAGACCGAACGAGUAGCAGCAGCAAGUACUUCACAAGCCACAAACGACGAUUGGGAGCAGGCACACUUUAUGAACCACCGAUUCAACAAUUUCCGGGGAACCCACAAUCAGAACCAAAACCCUACUCAUUACCACCCGGGAAUUCGGAAUCACGAGAACUUCUCCUAUGCCAAUCCAAAGAAUGCUCUACAACCACCUCCCGAUUUCAAUCAUCAAAGAGAGCAACGAGGGCCAACGUAUGACGAGCGUCUUCACCGACAAGAACAGGAAAUGGAGGGCCUGAAAUCAACAAUGAAGAACAUGGAAAAGCAAAUAGGGCAAAUCGCCCAAUCCAUGUCCACAAUGGCCAAAGGUGGAUUUCCGAGCAAUACCGAAGUCAAUCCAAAAGAAAGCUGCCAAGCCAUAACCACCCGAAGUGGUUUGCAAAUGACCGAUCCUCCUUAUCCGACGGACGAGUCACCAAGGCCAGCUAUACAACCGACCCCGGUCGAGCCGGAAAUCACCAUUUCAGGGAGUGGUACAAAAGAGGCUAGUAAGCCCAAUAACAUUUUUUUUCCUGAUAAUCCCCCUCUUUUGAUAACUCCUAUUCCUUUUCCAGAAAGACAGAAGAAAAAGAAGUUCCAGAAUCAAUUGAAGAAGUUCAUUGAAAAGAUCAAACAGAUUCGAAUCAACAUCCCUUUUGCAGAAGCCUUGGAGGUAAUGCCAAACUACACCAAGUUCAUGAAGGAAGUUCUAUCCAAGAAAAUUCGGAUCGAAGAAGACAUACCAGUGACACUCACGGCAACUUGCAGUGCCAUUCUUCAGUCGAAUCUACCACCGAAAAUGAAAGAUCCAGGGAGUUACACUAUUCCUUGUAUUAUUGGAAAUUCUACUUUCGAUAAAGCUUUAUGUGAUUUGGGGGCAAGUAUUAAUUUGAUGCCUAUGUCUGUGUUUCUAAAACUGGGCUUAGGAAAUUUGAACCGCACUCGCAUGACUUUACAACUAGCUGAUCGUUCAUUGAAAUAUCCCGAUGGGAUUGUAGAAGAUGUGCUAGUUAAAGUAGAUAAAUUCAUUUUACCUGUUGAUUUUGUGGUACUUGAAAUGCCUGAAGAUGAUGAAGCACCUAUCAUUUUGGGUCGUCCAUUCUUAGCCACUGGUAAGGCGAUGAUUGAUAUGGAAUUAGGAUCUUUAAUGCUUAGGGUAAAUGGGGAAGAAGUUGUUUUUAAUUUGACAGAUGCAUUUAAACACUCUGAGCAUGUUGAGCAGUGCAGUAGAAUAGACGUGAUCGAGGACUGUGUUUCUUCCUUUUUUGAUUCGUAUGAAUUGUGUGAUUCUAUUGAGCACUGCAUUGUUAAUUCUAUUGAUUUGCAUUAUGCCUCCCCUGAAACUCCUAUUGAAAAUGAUGUGCUUGAUUGUGUGUUGUUUCUUGAGUGUGCCGAGAUUUUAGGCGUAGACGAGGUACGAAUUGUCCCCGAGAUACCAGUUAGUGUGAAAACGGCCCCCGUACUGGAAUUGAAACAAUUACCGGAUUAUCUUUGUUAUGCUUUUCUUGGAGCAGACAAGACUUAUCCGGUGAUUAUUUCUUCUAGUUUGAGCGAGGCCGAAACAAACACACUGCUGGAGGUCCUUAGAGAAUAUAGGUCGGCUAUAGGUUGGUCUAUUGAGGAUAUAAAGGGAAUUAGCCCGUCUAUUGUUCAACACAAAAUUCUGAUGGAAGACGUCUAUAAACCGAGAGUCCAACCUCAGAGGCGGUUAAACCCGUCAAUGAAAGAGGUAGUCAAAAAAGAAGUCUUAAAACUGUUAGGCGCUGGUAUGAUUUAUGCAAUUUCUGACAGUCCGUGGGUCAGUCCGGUGCAGGUUGUGCCAAAAAGGGGUGGGAUGACGGUUAUUGUGAAUGAUAAAAAUGAACUUAUUCCGUCUAGAACAGUCACUGGGUGGCGUGUGUGUUUCGAUUAUCGACUAUUGAAUGCAGCCACCAGAAAAUACCAUUUCCCCCUUCCCUUUAUCGAUCAAAUGCUAGACAGGCUAGGAGGUUUCGAGUAUUACUGUUUUCUUGAUGGUUAUUCGGGGUACAAUCAAAUUUCAAUCGCCCCGGAAGACCAAGAGAAAACUAAUUUUACUUGCCCCUACGGUACUUUUGCAUUUCGUAGGAUGCCUUUUGGUUUGUGUAAUGCACCUGCUACCUUUCAACGAUGUAUGAUGUCUAUUUUUCAUGAUAUGGUAGAAGAAUUUCUUGAAGUGUUUAUGGAUGAUUUUUCUGUGUUUGGAUCGUCUUUCGAUCAUUGUGUGCAUAAUCUAGAACUUGUUUUAAAAAGAUGUACAGAAACGAACCUGGUUUUAAAUUGGGAAAAAUGUCCUUUUAUGGUUCGUGAAGGUAUUGUUCUAGGCCACAAGGUCUCAAAAAAGGGUCUUGAGGUGGACAGGGCAAAAAUCGAAACGAUUGAAAAAUUGCCUCCACCGAAAGAUGUCAAGGGGGUUAGAAGUUUUUUAGGGCAUGCUGGGUUUUACCGUAGAUUUAUUAAAGAUUUUUCGAAAAUAGUAAAACCAUUAUGUCACUUGCUUGAGAAGGAAGCCGUCUUUGAUUUUGAUUCUGCUUGUUUGCAGGCUUUCACGUUUCUCAAGGAGAAGCUAACCCAAUCACCGAUUAUGAUUACUCCCAAUUGGGAGGAACCAUUCGAGAUCAUGUGCGAUGCGAAAGUAUGUGAGAUUCUCACACAUUGCCACUCAUCACCUUGUGGCGGGCAUCAUGGGGAAUCUCGCACAGCCGCCAAGGUUCUACAGUCAGGCUUCUUUUGGCCAACUCUAUUCCGAGAUAGUUACGAGUUCGUGAAACGGUGUGAUCGAUGCCAACGAACAGGGAACCUAUCCAACAAAAGCCAAAUGCCUUUGAACAACAUGCAAGAGGUGGAGCUUUUCGAUGUUUGGGGCAUAGACUUCAUGGGACCAUUUCCUUCUUCGAACGGGAAGUUAUACAUUCUGCUUGCUGUGGACUACGUGUCCAAAUGGGUCGAAGCAAUUGCCACCACUGCCAACGAUGCUCGUACAGUCCUCAAAUUCUUCCACAAGAACAUAUUCUCAAGGUUUGGGACACCCAGGGCGAUCAUUAGCGAUGAAGGAUCUCACUUCUGCAACAAACUGUUCGCUAAUCUCACGAACAAGUUGGGAAUCCGACACAAAAUUGCGCUUGCCUAUCAUCCACAAACAAAUGGCCUUGCUGAGUUGUCAAACCGAGAAAUCAAACAGAUUCUGGAGAAGACCGUGAGCACGAACCGAAAAGAUUGGGCGUUGAAGCUCGAUGAUGCACUUUGGGCCUUUCGAACCGCAUUCAAGACACCGAUUGGGAUGUCUCCGUACAAACUCGUGUUUGGGAAAGCGUGCCACCUGCCAGUGGAAUUGGAGCACCGAGCUUAUUGGGCAGUCAAAAAGCUCAAUUUCGAUCAAACAGCCACCGGCAAUCGUCGAUUGCUUCAACUCAACGAAAUGGAGGAGUUCAGAAACGAUGCUUACGAAAAUGCCAAAAUUUACAAAGAAAAGACGAAAAAGUGGCAUGACAAAAGGAUUACGAAGCGAGAGUUUCGGGCAGGUGACCAAGUUCUGCUAUUCAAUUCUCGGCUACGACUAUUUCCGGGAAAGCUUAAGUCCCGUUGGUCAGGACCUUUCGUUGUCCUGAGCGCAACGCCACAAGGAGUUAUCGAAAUACGAGGACGAGACGGUCCGUCGUUCAAAGUGAAUGGGCAACGAGUCAAGCAUUACUAUCCAAAUGGUGCUCCCGAGGAAGUGGAGCGUGUCGCACUAAUUUUCUCCCAAUAAAU